AUUAUCACUAAAAAACAACGCCAUUUCUGAGUAACGCUAAUUAAAAUAAACUAAUAACAUAUUAAAUCGCAACUCGAUAAGAGAGAUCAUUAACAACGGGACAACAACAGAACUGGUGCUGGUGCGAGUAUCGGUUGCAGCCAUGUCUGUGCGCGUACACAAUUUGUGCAUUUUUGCACUGAUUUGUAUUUCGAUUCGCCAUGUUGCUGGGACUACCACAACGUCCACACCCAGCCCUCCAAGAUAUGUCGCAAAGCCGAUAUCAAUCAGGCGGGUGCCAUACAUGGCUUCGCUGCACGAAUGCCCGCGAGGAGCGUGUCUGGCCAGCGUGAUACACAAGCGGUUCCUACUGACCGCUGCCAGUAGUUUAGUGCUGGACUGGAAAGGGAAUCUAGCAAACCUGACUAAAGCUCGAGUAGGGAGUAAGUACCUGGACAAGGGUGGCCAAUUGUACGCCAUAGAAAAGUUGAUUCCGCACGAAAAAUACUUGACGUUCGUUGGCGACUACAACAUUGGACUGGUGAAGUUGGCCAAGAAGAUCGAUUUUGGGUCAACAGUUGGCCAAAUCAAGCUUGGGAAGAAAGUUAUCAUCGGCGAUUUGGUGGACAUCAUCGGAUGGGGGGUAGGAGAGAAUUUACAGAACUCAACCAAAGGAGCAGUCCACGAGGUUUCAUCGCUUCCUGUGCUGGUGCCGAGGAGGUGCCAGGGCGCUCUGUUGGGGCGCAUCAUCCACCCGCGGAAUAUGUGCGUGGAAAUAGCAGGCGUCCCGCCAGGGGACUUUGUGUGCGACGAAGGCGGCCCAGUGGUGGUGAACAACUCCAUAGUGGGCGUGGGCUCCACAUUUUGGGGCUGCGGCCUGCUGCCCGGGGUCUAUACGCGAGUGUCGCGCGUCAAGCGCUGGAUACGGCAGGCGAUUGACAACAACACCUACAUCGAGUUUUAGUGUUAAGUAUAAGUUUUAUCACAGAAUAAUAAUAAAUGGUUUUAUACAAUAUGUAACAAAAACACCGUCCGAUCCGAAAGGGUCAUAAAGUAGCUUUAACAACAUUACCAAAACAAGUAUCAAAAUUACGUAAUUAAUAAAAACAAUUUUUUUUAUUGAUUUUUAAAGUCAAUAAGUUUAGCAAUGAUUUACCCUACAACGGGGAAAUUUUCAAAAAGCGUUAACACUCUGUCGGCGCGCGGCUUUUUUUAAGACGCUGGGGGUCAUGACCUUAUGACGUCGCUACGCGUGCCGGCGCAUCUCUACCCCUCCCGCGUACCCUCUACCACAAAAUAUAAAAACCACUCUACCACAAAUUAUAUUUUGUGCCUCUACACUGCAGUUCGGAUUGCCAUGUAAGCUUUUUAUUUUUGUAAAUUUUGUAUUUAUUUUUCAUGGGGUAUUUUUUUUAUAAUAUUUUAUGAAAAUUAUUACACAAAUGGAAUCUUAACUCGAUACCUAUUAACACCUUAAUGGAUCGGACGGUGUUUCCGUUACACAUUGUAUAAAGCCACAGCAUGCAUUUUCAAGUAAUCCCGGAAUCUAUACUAAUAUUAUAAAUGCGAAGGUAACUCUGUCUGUCUGUCUCGCUUAAACCACUGAACCGAUUUUGAUGAAAUUUGGUAUGAAGAUGGUUUGAGUCCCGGGAAAGGAUAUAGGAUAGUUUUUAUCCCGGUUUUUGAAACAGGGACGCGCGCGAUAUAGUUUUUCUGUGACAGACAAAAUUCCACGCGAGCGAAGCCGCGGGCGCAAAGCUAGUAUGCAAUAAUUUCGGAAUAUGCAUCCGAUUAUCCGAUAACUGGUUAUCACCACUUUUGAAGAUAAUUAUGCUCUAAAUCACGAAUUACGAGAAAGUUUGAGCGUUAUAUUUUUCAUCAUCAUCAUUUCAGCCACAGGACGUCCACUGCUGAACAUAGGCCUCCCUCAAUGCUUUCCACGUUGAUCGAUUGGUAGCGGCCUGCGUCCAGCGCUUCCCUGCUACCUUUACGGUGUCAUCGGUCUACCUUGUGGGUGGACGUCCCACGGUGGAUUUUUGCAAGAUUGUAAUGCCUAAGCACGCAUGCUAAUACUUUUAGCAUCGGCUAGUCGCUUUAGAAGCUGAAUGCAGCGACCACAAUAUAUUCUACAUCACACUUAAAAACGCUAUACGUAAGUCGCGAAAUCUUUACGUAUUUUGUGUAAAUGGUGGAUUAGAGAUAAACUAAAAGAUGUCCCCUGCUGGAGAAAGAACAUCCACGUUAGAUCCUGCGCUGCACCGGGUCAUCGGUUCACUGAGUGGGGAGGCUACUACUACACUAUAGAAGUAUAAUGACGCUAUCAUUUCUAGUUCGGCAAAAAUCGUAAAUUAAUAAUAAAUUAAACUUAUAAUUUUAUUGUAAUUAAUGUGACUAAAGUCAUGUAAACGCUUUGGUAUUUCUGUAAGCUACAAAACAUAAGUUAAUGUAACAAAAAUAAAACCAAAGAUAUCAUUUAUACAACUUUUAUUUCACUUAAUAAAUAAAGAUGUUCACAGAAAACUCCUUUUAAACAAAAUAUCAAUUGAUAAAACUUACAGAACGUAAAUCAAUUACUUUUUAAUCAUGUGUAGUUCUUUUACAAAGAUAAAUAACUGAACAUUGUCUUAAUAAUCUUCUUCUUUAUUUUUCCCAUUUGAAAUUAAAUUACAUGACGAAUAUAACAAAAUAUAUUUCCAACGUAAAUAAAUUGCCCAAAACUGAGGGAACUUAUUUCAAUACUGCAAAAUUAACUGUCAUUAUUGUAUUGUUUAAUUCAAAAUACACAACUUCAAUCUUUAAAGUAACUGAAGAAAAUUCAUUAAAAAUGGUCCAUAUUUUAAGUACUUGAAAGUAACAGAAAAACAAAAAAUAUCCGUUAUAUCCGUCAAUAAUCUCCCAAUCUUCGUCUCCUGAACAGUUUUCCAAACUAACUUUUUCUCUAUCAUUUGGGCAUCUGUAUAUGUGUAUGUUUCCCAAACUGCUGACGUAAUUUGUGUACUUAUCAUACAGUACAUCUAGCACGAAAAACUUUCGACUUCGAAUCGUUUGCGUAUUCGAAUCGCUUUCGAAAGUUUUAAUAUGAAAACUUGAGAUGUAAUGGUAGCUUAACUACCUAGCUCGCAUCAAUACUUAUGACUAUAAUUUGUAUAUUUCAAAGACUAUAAACCCUUGAAAAGGAGGCUGACAAUAGUGACUGAGUUUCUUGCGCUGCUUCUUCUCAGCACUGGCCCAUUUAUUGUCACGAAGCAGUGGUAGGGUUAAUAUUGGGACGUGUAAAAGUGCUUUUUAAAAGCCUAUUUGAAAAAUUUAUGAGUUUUAUGAGUUUUUUU